AUGACGAAGCCACUUCAAAAAAAACUUCAUGAUUUGCUUCAAAGAAAAAAAUAUUUACUUGUUUUGGAUGAUGUGUGGGAUGAAGAGCAAGAGAAUUGGAAUAAGUUGAAAUCUGUUUUGUCUUGUGGGGCAAAGGGUACUUUUGUUUUGGUUACCACUCGUCUUUCAAAGGUUGCAACAAUUAUGGGAACAACUGAUCCUCAUGAAUUAUCAAUGUUAUCUGACGGAAAUUGUUGGGAACUGUUUAAAAACCGAGCCUUUGGAUUAGAUGAGGUAAUACAGGUAGAACUUGAAAACAUAGGGAAGGAGAUAGUAAAGAAGUGUGGGGGAGUGCCUCUUGCAGCAACAGCACUAGGAGGUCUUUUACGCUUUGAAAGAAGGGAAGAAGCAUGGCUCAAUGUUAAGGAAAGCAACGUGUGGAGUUUAUCAGACAAUAUAAUGCCUGCCUUAAUAUUAAGCUACCUGAACUUGCCAAUAAAACUCAGACAAUGUUUUGCUUAUUGUGCAAUAUUUCCCAAAGAUCAAAGAAUUCAAAAACAAUAUUUAAUUGAACUUUGGAUGGCUAAUGGAUUCAUUUCAUCUAAUGGAAUGUUGAAUGCUCAAGACGUUGGUGAUGAUGUGUGGCAUGAAUUACACUGGAGAUCACUUUUUCAAGAUCUUGGGAUAGAUGAAUUGGGCAAAGUUAAAAGUUUCAAGUUACAUGACCUUGUUCAUGAUCUUGCACAAUCUGUUGCUGAAGAGAUUUGUUGCAUUACAAGGGAUACUGAUGUUACUACUUUGUCUAAAAGAAUCUACCAUCUGUCAGACAGGACGUGGGGGAGCCACCAGUUGCCUAAAGUCAAAUCAUUGAGAACCUGUAUAAUGUUGAAUUAUUUGAAAGAAAGAUUUCAUUCUAGUGUGCUGAAAUUUUAUUCUCUACGUGUGCUUGACUUUGUAAAUAAAAAAAAAUUGUCAUCUUCAAUUGGUAAUUUAAAACAUCUAAGGUACUUGAAUCUUUCCAAUGGAUGGUUCAAAACCAUACCAGAAUCGUUAUGUGAAUUGUGGAAUUUGCAAAUAUUGAAAUUAGAUUGUUGUAGUGCUCUCCAAAAGUUGCCUACCAGUUUGAUACGAUUAAAAGCACUACAUCAACUAUCUUUGAGCUAUUGCAACUCACUAUCAAGCUUGCCUCCUCAUAUAGGGAAGAUGACUUCCCUAAGAAGUUUAACCAUGUACAUUGUUGGCAAGGAAAGUGGGUUCCGUUUGGAAGAAUUGGAAGCACUUAAUCUCAAAGGAAAGCUUUUCAUCAAGAAUAUGGAGAAAGUAAAAAGCGUAAUGGAUGCCAAAAAAGCCAACAUGUCAAACAAGCAACUAAACUUGUUGGAGUUUGAAUGGGAGAGAAAUAAAGAGUCUGAAUUGCAAAAUAAUGUUGAGCAGAUUCUUGAAAUGCUUCAACCUGAUACCCAACAACUUCAGAGUUUGACAGUGGUAAAUUAUGAAGGUGUCCAUUUCCCCCAAUGGAUGUCUAGUCCUUCCCUCAAAUAUUUAAAUUCUUUAAAUUUGUUUGGUUGCAGAAGUUGUUUACACCUUCCAGUGUUGGGAAAACUACCUUCUCUAAGGGGUUUAACCGUAAGUGACAUGACUCAAGUAGAAUACCUAUUCGAGGAGUCUUAUGAUGAUGGAGUGGUUUUCUUGGCUCUAGAAUCUCUGUCCCUAUGGAGCCUGCCAAACCUAAUAAGGUUAUCAAGGGAGGACGGGGAAAACAUGUUCCCUCGCCUUUCCAGACUUCAUAUAUAUGAAUGUCCUAAAUUAUUGGGUUUGCCUAUCCUUCCAUCUAUCAAUGCUCUAUGGAUAAAAGGAAAAUGCUUUCAAGACUUACAGAGUUCAAUUCAGAAACUCAGUAAUCUUAAAUCCCUUCAAUUCAGUCGUAAUGAUGAGUUAACAUGCUUUCCAGGUGGGAUGCUACAAAACCUUGCUUCUCUAGAGACACUAAUCUUUAGUAAUCUCUCAAAACUUGAAGUACUCCCAACUGAAAUCUUUAACCAUAAUGUUAUCGAAAGUCUGUAUCUCCGUGAUUGCGAGAACCUCCAGGUUUUGAUACAAGGGUUGCACUCUCUUGAGAAAUUAGAAAUUGACAGGUGUCGCAAGUUCAGUAUGUCGACAGGUUUACAACAUCUAACAUGUCUUCAAUAUUUGUCGAUUGGCACAUGCGAUGUGGAAGGUUUGCAUUAUGCUUUACAACAUCUGACUUCCCUCAAGGAGUUAUCAUUAAGAAAUCUUCCAAACUUGGAAUCCUUGCCUGAUUUCUUUGGAAACCUUCCCUUGCUUCAACGAUUGGAGAUUAGAAAGUGUUCCAAGUUGAGGUGUCUUCCAACAAGC